AUGAGACGGAAGAAUCCACAUCCGCAGCGCGCGGUGAACGCGAGGACGGUUUUGAAGGUGUCGUAUUUGGAUGCGAGAGAUAAAGAAGAAGAAGAAGAAGAAGUGGAAGAAGAAGAAGAGCAACCAACACCGGUGUUGUGUUUGAAGAUUCCUGACGAGGACGACGUCGUUUUUGAAGUCGAGCAAAAGGAGAUACGAAAAGAAACGACGACGACGAAGAGAGGGAAGAGGAAGAGAGAGCACGAGUGCGAUGUUUGCGAGAAGGUGCUUGUUAGUUCAUCACUUUUGGCUAUACACAUGCGUAUUCACACGAACGAGAAACCGUACGAAUGUGAUGUGUGCGAGAAGCGUUUUCGUCAAGCUGGUCAUUUGAAAAUCCACGUGCGUAUUCACACGAACGAGAAACCGUACGAAUGCCACGUGUGCGAGAAGCGUUUUCGUCAAUCUGGUACUUUGAAAAUCCACAAGCGUAUUCACACGAACGAGAAACCGUACGAAUGCCACGUGUGCGAGAAGCGUUUUCGUCAAUCUGGUAGUUUGAAAAUCUACAAGCGUAUUCACACGAACGAGAAACCGUUUGAAUGCCACGUGUGCGAGAAGAGGUAUCGUCAUGCGAAUAGUUUAAAGUACCACGUGGUUUACACACGCACACACACCAGUACAGCAAAAUACCUCGUUUCUCACAAAACAAAAAAAAGACUGCUUCUUUGCGAAAAUUUUUCAAAAUCAGCACAAAAAAAGUUCUCGAAAGAGUUGCUCACAAUCUUGAAAGAGAUAGAGAAAAUGACGGCUUCUUCUGGGAGGAGGAGGUCUUCGCGAGUCGUCGCGUCGUCAUCAGCGGCAGCUGUUCCCUCCCGUCGUCGUCCUCCUCCCGUUUUGGCGGCUUCGUCGACAAAGGUAUUAAAAAAAGCAAAGACGACGAUUGGAAAGAAGAAAUCCACGGUGGCACAAAAAGUGACGUCGUCGUUAGAUUCCAUCCAAACGCCGAAUAUUCCCUCUGGUGGUCGAAAGAACAACAACAAAAAGCGCAAUUAUCAUCUCGACAACGAUUCGUCGUUGAGGUCUUCUCCGACGUCGACGAUUGAGACGACGACGAAUACCGGUGGUGGCAGACGAUUAUCCGCCGCGCACGUUUUAAAGGAUGACGACGACGAUUUCGAGAAUGAUUACUCGAAAAAGGAGACCAAAACGAACAAAAAAGCGAGAAAGACGAAGGAGGAGGAAACGACGAGCGACAAAAAGAAAGAAGAAGAAGACCAAGGAUCGAUAAUAACAGACGAGAAGAACGAAGGUGGACGAGAGUUAUUUUUAACGGCGUACGAGAAAGAACGAGAAAUCAGAUUGCAAAAGAACCGAGCGCGGAUGGAAGCUUUGAACAUUCGGCAGUUGGCGUCAGAGAUGAUGACGACGACGGAGAGGCAACAAAGAGGAACGACCGGACCGUCGCAGCGAGGCUUGAGGAAGAAAGAGAAGAAGGCGAAAGAGCCAGUCGUGCUGAGGAGGAGCGGGAGACGAACCGGAGGGGUGGCUGAGUUAGCCGGCGGGAUCGAUCAGGAGAGGAGAGACGGGUCGAUUGUUUUGGCGGACGGGAGGAUGAUUACGCAAGGGUCCGGCGGUUUGGAAACGAGAGAAGAAGAGAAGAAAAAAGGCGCCGGCGAGGCGAUUCUUUCUUUGACCGUGACUGCGAACGAAAAGACGAAAACGGUGAAAGUUGAACUGAGUUCGAAGUUUAUUUCAAAGUGCGAGAGCACGAAAGGAGACGACGAAUCGGACGCGAAGUUUAUCGAGUAUCUUCAUCGAACGACGAGAGGAAUCAAGACGACAAAAACGAAGACGAAUACGACGAGUUUAAAAUCGCUCUUGAGCGCGAAAACUUUGGAUUUGAAAGAAGACGACGUCGCCAAGUGCACGGAAAGAGCCGUGACGCACGCGGAUUUUCAUCCGUCCACGUCGGAAAUCAUCUUAGCCUCUGGCGAUAAAGAUGGGAACGUUUCGUUGUGGAGAGUGGACGACGAGGACGAGGACACGCACGGCGUCUAUUGUUUCAAGCCGCACUCGCAAUACGUCUCGCACGUUAAAUUUGGAAACGGGAACGGCAUCAUCGGAUCCAACUUGUUGAGUUGCGCGUACGACGGACACGUGUGGAUGUUAGACAGCGAACGCGGGGAGUUUUGGGAACUCUUCUCCGGCGCCGAACACGACAUUGAAUUCGCGUCCAUGGAAACCAAUGUCGAUGGCAACGUCAUCUACGGCGGCGAUAACGACGGCAUGUUGAACUUGAUCGAUUUACGAGCGAGCACAAAGAAACUCGCAGCUCAAUUCGCGCUCGGAGAGAAGCGAAUCAAUACGGUGUCGUUCAAUACGAACGAUUUAUUCUCCAUCGCGACGUCUUCGGCCAUGCGCAAAGGUGGCGGCGAAAUCUGCGUCUGGGAUUUAAGAAAGGUGUGCGGUAUUUCGAGCAGUACUAAACAACAAAAACCCGUGCACCAAUUACUGCACAAAAAAUCCACGCAAAGCGCGUAUUGGAAUCCAGACGGGAAGCGACUGUUAACCACGUGCUACGACGACUGCGUCCGCGUGUGGAACCCGUCCGUCUCGUCCUCGAAACCGGAAGUAUCCAUUCGACACAACACGCAAACCGGUCGAUGGGUGCUCCCGUUCCGCGCGAAAUGGGUCGGCGACGACGGCAUCGCCGUCGGAAGCAUGAAGAGAGAAGUUGAAAUCUUCGACGCGCAGUCGGGAAAACGCGGCCUGCGUCUGCACAGCCCAGAGUUGAUGACGGCUAUUCCUUCCCGAGUGGCCGUGCACCCGACCGCAAAUAUCGUCGCCGGGUGCACCAGUUCCGGCAGAUGCCACAUCUACCGUUAA